AUGACAGACAUCAUUUCAAUAUCAUCAUCAACAAACAAUCUUGCCCAACGUUUACAAAGUGCUGAAAAAUCAAUAACAUUUAUUCAACGAGAACAUGCGUCAACAUUGCAAGCAUUACAUGAAGAAAUAUCUAAAUUACAAAAUAAAUGUAGCGAUCUCACGUUCCAAAUGGCCAUUGGUAAUGGUCAUAUUAUCACAAAUUCUGCCGUUGAAACCAAAUUUCAAGCAAGAAUCGAACGGUUAGAGAAUGAGAUAUUAAAAUAUAAAGAUGAAAUAGAAAUAUUGAAAAAAACAUUAAAUGAAAAAGAAAUGACAAUUAACAGUUAUGAAACAAAGUUGCUAUUGAACGAUCGUCAAUAUGCCAGUGAUAUACGUUUACAACAGGAAAAAUAUCGACUACUUAAAAUAGAUUUAGAAAAACGUGCAACAAUCAUAGCUGAAUUAACUACACAAAUACAUCGUGAAAAACAAUUACAAACAAAACGUUUAGGACAAAUAUUAUUACCGAAUAAACCAAUUUUAUUACGUUCAAAUAAUCAACAACAAGAAUCACAAGAUACAUCGACAAAAAGUGAUAUUGAUACAACAAUUUCUAAACGUCGUUUAUCAGCGCGUUCAUCAUCAUUAACAAAUCGAACAACGGAUUCAUCCUCUAAAGGUUUAUUUCCUUCAAAGCGGCCACCGACUCCACCACAAGCACUCAAUAAUGAAAAACGGCAUAGUACUGCAUCUCCAGUACCGGUUACUGUUUGGAUUCCUAAAACAACUAUGGAAAAUUAUUUAAAUAAUCAAACAACAACUGAACCAGAAAAAUACACAAAACGUCAAAGACAUUUGUUAAUAAAUGCUAAUACAACAUCGCCAUUGCUAGAUGCUAAUUUUUCUAUAAAAACCAUACCAAUGCGUCUUAAUGGACCACUUCCACCAAUUGUCACACGAAAAGUUCCAUUAAAAGCAUGGAGUAAUAUACAGCCAGAAGCUUAA